AUGAAGUGUCAGAAGGGAAACAAAGUGCCAAUGAUCAAGGACACAUUGCGAAAACUAUACAUGCGCACGCACCCUGAUCUGUUUGGACGGUAUCCGGAGCAACAGCGUGCAAACGAGGAGUCGUACAAGGAGCUGCUGGGCAUCUUGGACGCCAUUGAGAAACAUAAUGUGUUCCCUCCAGCCAAGACGUUGGUACUGCCGUUCUUUCUGAAGACACCAGUAGAAGGUGAGUUCAAGGAGGUGGAUCUGCAGCUGCGCACGACUGGCGGCGCUUGCAACACGUUGGUGGAAGAGGCUUUGGGUCGGUUUUUCGACGAGUGUGGUCUUCCACAAGCAUUCCAAUGGGGCGAAGGAAGUUGGGGCAAAAGUGUGGGUAAAGACGCAGAAGAAAACCCGAAUCUGGGCUUCGACAAAGACGAAGACGAGUUGGCCACAACAAGCGAAGAACAGCUUUUUCAGUCGGCACCUGCUUACAAUCCUGUAGAUCGACGCGCACCUGAUGAUCACUCUGUUGAGAAGAUGCUUACAGAGUUGGACGAUACUCUUCAGCUUAUUGCAGCAAUGCCUUACCUUGAUGAGGAGGAAGAGCAGCAACGUGCCAUUAAGAUGCAUUUUGAGCAGGGCAAAGGCUUGGACGACCUCGAGGUUCAGGGCUACACGAUUAAGGCAGGCGUGCUGAUGAUGUGGCAGGGUGAACGGGAUCUAAACACGCUGGUCAAGAGCGUGGAUGCCGACUCAGCUCUUAUUCUGCAACGAGUCCUCAUGCACACACUCGACAUUGAAAAUAAACUGAAUGAGUUUAUCGUCAACGAAGGCGCUGACGAUGAAGAGGAUGCCACUGAUGUGCAGAGCAAAUAG